GUUCCAACAGCUUAAAUACUGCUACCUGCGUCCCUCUACUUCUCUUCAACAUCCAUCGCACUUUCCUUCCAAACAUCUGCCAUAUAACUUGUGCAUUGCGAGUUACUCUUGUACACUUUCUCCACCUUCUAUCGCUCAUCUUGUCCUACCACAGUAUAAGGCCUGGCGCCAUCAACAUUACAUCUCAAGCAUUCUAUCAUUAACUAUGGACCACUACGCGACUGAAAUGAGCCAAAGUUCCAUCCCAGGCCCGUCCCAAGACGAGCCUCAACCCCAACCCCAACGUGCCGAACCUGUGCCAUUCGAUAUGUAUGCCGAUCCAUCUCAGUACGCUCCACCUGGGCCGGCUCCCACAGCGCACGGAAUGGAGACCGCAGUGGUCGAUGCUGGUAUGGGACAAUAUGGACAGCCCCCCCUCAUGCCGGAUAUGACGGGGCAUGUAGCCGUUCCUCCAUUCGCAGCGCAUUUCCCCCAGCCUCAGAUGGCCCCAGGGCCAUUGUACUACCAUCCUCCAUUUGCACCCUAUUUCCCCCAGCCUCAGAUGGCCCCAGGGCCAUUGCACGACCCCUCCAUCCCACCUCCAUUGGUACCCUGUUUCCCCCAGCCUCAGAUGGCCCCAGGGCCAUUGCACGACCCCUCCAUCCCUCCGUUUCAACCCUUUUUCCCCCAGGUGUAAGGAUAUGAUAUCCUUUACGCCCCGACCCAGCUUCAAAACAAGGCGUUCGAACUUACUAAGUUCGAACACAGCCACGUACUCACUAACGCGAAGAGUUCCACUCUUCGCGUCCGAGUACGUGGACACAUU